AUGGAGGUUCCCUCUGUGCAUCCUGGACCCUACUGUUGCUACAGGGCAAUCAUAGGUCUUCAUACAUCUGGGAUGUUUGACUGGGCGUUGCUCACGGCUAUGAUAAAGCAAUGGAGACCAGAGACGCACACGUUUUAUCUGCCCAUCGGCGAGGCUACCAUCAUGCUUGAGGACGUGGAGGUUCUCUUCGGACUACCAGUUGACGGAUUACCUGUAGCUUACCCGCAUGCUCUUAGAGACUAUAGGGGAGUGCAUUACCUGCAUAUGUUGCAGCGACUCACCGAUUUCCAGCCAACGGAGGAGACUGUAUUGAGUGGGGCGAGUCGAUUGCAGCUGACGCCCGUCCGGCACCAUCUGGCGGCGAUGGAUGAGAAGAUUACAAAUGAUUCACCGGCGGAGGAUAUGGACCAGCACACGAGAUUGUUGUUGUUGCUGAUGUUUGAUGGUGUACUGUUCCUGAACACUUCGGAAACCCUAGUCAUCUUGAGAUUUCUAUAUCAUCUCGAGCGGCUAGAUGAUUUACCUGGUUACAGUUGGGGUGCAACUGUUCUAGGUUACCUGUAUAGGCAGAUGUGUCAGGCGUGCAUAGGCACCCAGAGAGAUGUUGCCGGAUUUUUACCGCUGCUGCAAGUGAAAACAUAG